AUGGGGGCAGUGAACUCGCAAUUCUUCAUGCAGGUGACCAGCGGAGGGACCGUCGCAUGCUUCCAGCGUGCCGAGGUCGUGCUGGCAGCGCAGCUGAACGGCGAUUGGAUCGCGAUGUCUGUCCUGAAGGAUAAGUCUUGCGAGCCUAGCUCAGUACAGCUGCCGGUGGAUGUCGCAGGUGGGGAUGUCAAGUUUGCCGUGGUCACCACCGAGAACAACGAACUGAUUUCACUCACCGAGGCAACGAUGAUGCCCGAUCAGCCGUUCCCUGUCGUCAAGUUCACGACACAGACUGGCACUUUCGCCAUCUCCAUCCUGACCGUCCUGAAUUUGCGCAGUGGCCCGAGUACACAGACACCGACCCCGAAGACAGACACCGGAGUCCCAGAGACAAUCAUUGUUUCGGACCCACCGGUGGGGCCGGCGACGAGCAGCGCAGACUCGCCAGUGACAAAGCCUGGGCCAGACUCGCCAGUGGCAGAGCCGGGGGCGACGAAAGCCAAAGUGGAGGACGAUGCGCCGAUCGUGGAGGAAGGUUCCGAGGUAGUUGGUGAGUCGGAGCAGGACAUCACAUCCAUGCCGACAAGCCAAGUGGAGCACAUCCUGCAGAGCGGCGGCACCCUUCCUGGCUGGGACCCGCACGGCGACCCCGUGAAGGACCUCGGCUAUGUGAAGAUCUUUUACUCUGCAGCCAUCAGCAACUACGACCCAGCGACACUGUGGCCGACUUGUACACUGGAGAGUGGUUUGAAGACCAAGCUGAUCGACCUUCGGGACCAGUAUGUGGCGAUGCACAACGAUGGGUCGAUGCUGAGUCUGAGUGCCGAGUCCCAGUACGAUCUCUCGGUGCUCGAGGUGUGGUGCCGCCAGCUGUACAAAGGUGUCGUUCCCCAUGGGCCGCUGCUCGGCUGGGCCAGGAUGAACGGGCACGAGCUGUACUACCACAUCUACGGCGAGAACAACCCGCCGUUCCUGAUGGCCAGGUACCCGUUCUUCCGGCACGCCUUCGACAUCAUGGAGGGAGUCAAAGGCAUGUUCAUGCAGGCUGGCCUCUGGAAAGUGCGAGGAUUGGUCCUCCCUUCACAGAUGAGGAUCCCGGAUCGCAGCCCCGCGGCCCUGAACAAGUCACUGCUGGCCCAGCAUUUCCCCGAUGAAGGCCGUAUCAUGGAGGAUGUGCUUCCGACGUACUGCUCGCUCAAGAUUGACCACUCGGAUUACAUGGCACGUGGGCCCUACGAGCAUCUUGUCGGCGCCCCCCCGAACUCCGAAGAGUCCUUCUUCUUUGACUGCUCGCCCACCACGACUUUCUACAUGCAAGCCAAGGGUCAGUUCAUCUAUGCCAUGAACCUUGGCUUCGAAAAGACCAAGAGGCCCCGCAGCGAGAUGACCGUCGAUUGGAUCCGCAAGGCCGAUGUCCCUGGAAUGCAGGAGUUCCAGGUACUGGGUGUGUUUCCAAUGGAGGCGCCGAGCCUGCAGGGCAUUGCGAUUAAGUUCAAGUACCACUCCGGCAUCUACUGCGAGGAGGCCGGUGUCAAGAAGGCCUUGUUCCUGGAGCUGCGCGACUACCCGGACAACAUGUACUGCCGGGGAGGGCGGCGACCGCCGAACGUGCUGCAGCUCUUCGCGAUGGACCUGGUGCCCGCCGAGAUCAAGAAGUCACUGGUGACGAAGGCACCGGCAGGGCAGAAUUUCGAGCCUCGUCGCAGCAGGCCUGGAUUUGUUGUCCAGGGCGACAGGCCUUUCAAAACCUGUCCGCACGGAUGGGUCUGGCAGGAAGCCUACAACGGCAAGAUCACGUUCUACUACGUGGACGAUGGCCAAACGUACGAGUUCCACCAGCACAGCCCGGACUCGAAUGUGCAGUUCUUUGACCACGAAAAAGGGGAGUACGUGGUGGCAAACAGCUGCACAGGCUUCUGGCAGCAUGACACGGUGUCGAGUUUCAUCGGCGACUUCAUCCGUGAGUACUACUACGACGACUGA